UUGGGAGGGAGCGUGAACCAAACAGAGAGUUGCCAGACGAGUUUGUGCUGAGGCACAGCGAGUAACUCUCUCAAAACGUAUAAAUUCUCCAAUCGUGAUUAUUUUUCAAAUUUCUUUUAAAUUCAAACAAGAAUUCAAAAAAAAAAAAAAAAAAAAAAAGUGACAAUAAUUAUCCAUAAGUGUGCGAGAUUUAGUGAUUUUUUCGUAAAACAAAAAAAAAAAAAAAAGAUCGAAAGAAUAAAGUUAGUGCACCUGCCACAGUGAUCUUGUGGCGCCACUCACAUGUUGCAUGCGUGCCGACAAUCCAUCAUGGUCGCGGACGGGGGGCAACUCUGAUUGGUUCUCCGCGGUCACGUGGUAUGCUAAUUGGGCACUGGUGGGCGGGAACCGGUUGGCUUGCAAAAGUGUAUAUAUGAGAAAGGUUACUAAAAAAACAGAAAAAGAAUUCUAGGUAAAAAGUUACCCCACUAAAAAAAAAGGGGUUGUAAAAGAAGAACGAUGGACCCUAGUGCAGUGCAGUGCGUUCUGUGAAUUAUGUGAAAGUGCGCGUUUAAUAUUUCAAAAAUUUACUUCUGUAUAUCAAUUAAGUGAAAAAAAAAAAUGAGUUCGUUUCUAAUGAAUCCAGCUGGUGGAUACCAUCAGCAGCAUCAACAGCCAUCCCAUCAUUUGGGACCAGAUCCAAAAUUCCCACCCAGCGAAGAAUACAGUCAAAAUAAUUACAUUCCAUCGGCUGGUGCUGAUUUUUUUAGCGGUGGUCAUCAUUUAAAUCAUCCACAAUCACAUCAGCUGCAAUAUGGCUAUCAUCAGCAUCAUCAUCAGGCAGCGUCAACGCCCUAUGGUGCUUCAUCAGCUGUUCAAUUAAAUGGUGGCUACGCUGGCUAUGGUGGUUACUAUCCCCAUCAUCCACAUCACCAGGUGCACGCCGUUCAUCAUCCAAGUUUGCAUCCUCAUCAUCAUGCCGUCGGUGCUCUUGCAAUGCCACCCGAGGCACAACAACCACCACUCACGUGUCCACCAACAAUGCAUAAUCCACAGCAACAACCACCAGUAUCAACUGUUUUGGGAAGUACGCCUUUAUCUCCGUCCAUUAUGACAAAUCAUGUUAGACAAUCUGAAAGUAUUCAACUUCCAUCACAGCACGAUGGUAAUGUUUGUAGUCCGGCGGGCUCUGGUUCAUUGCAUAGGGAUAAUUCACCGGAUUUACCACAGCAGCAUAUGCAAGGAAAUCAGCAACAUCAUACGGAUGAGGGUUCCGAUCAGGAAGACGGCGAUGAUGAUCAAAUCAUGGACGGAUCGCCUGGAAUGAUGGAGGAUGAUGAUGAGGAAGACGAUGGAAAUCGUGUUGUCUAUGCAUGGAUGAAAAAGAUUCAUGUCGCUGGUGUUGCCAAUGGAUCUUAUCAACCAGGAAUGGAGCCAAAACGUCAAAGAACAGCUUACACAAGGCAUCAAAUACUCGAAUUAGAAAAAGAAUUUCACUUUAAUCGUUAUUUAACAAGGCGGCGACGAAUUGAAAUUGCACAUACACUUGUAUUAUCCGAGAGGCAAAUAAAAAUUUGGUUUCAAAAUCGACGAAUGAAAUGGAAAAAGGACAAUAAAUUACCAAAUACAAAGAAUGUACGAAGAAAAAAUACAAAUGGUCAAUCGCAACCGGCAAAAAAUAAAACAACAAAUCCAAGAGGUAAAGCGGCAAGUGGAAAUAAUAAUAGUUCACGUAAAAAUAAUAAUAAUUCACCAUCAAGUGGAAUGGAGAAUAGUUUAGAUGGUAGUAUUGGUCUUGAUAUGAGCGAUGUACAUGGCGUUAAUUCUGGACUUACACAUCCACAUGGUCCACAUAGUGGUUUUCAAGGUCAUCCAUUGGCCCACCUACAAGCACAGCUGAGUCAUCAUCAUAUAGGUGGAAUGAUGGACGGUUCUGGUGGUCCAAUGGUACAUAUGAAUUCUGGAAGUAUAAGUCCAUUGGCACCGGCAACAAGUCCUCCUGGAUUAUCAACGCCAGUUCCACCGCCAAUUAUAAAAUCUGAUUAUGGACUCACAGCACUGUAACAUCGACCCCAACAAUAUGGAAUCGGUGAAAUUAUCGACAAUUUACAACAGGUCGUUAUUUACUGAUGUUUUUUAUUGAAAAAAAAAAAUGUUGAGUUGUCAGUUGUUAAAUUUUGAGUUCUUGAGUAUAUAUAUAUAUAUAUGGGAUACCGCGAUAGCACCGAGUGGUACAAUUUUUUCUGAAAAACAAAAAUAGGAAAAAAGGUAAAGAGAACUAUAUAUUAUAUUGCCUUUUUUGUGUAAAUAUGUGACUAUUUAUAUUCAACAAUUUUUCUUAGAGGAAUAGUGCGCGUGAUAUAUAGUGAUUUUUAUGAUUAUGUUUAGUUUUUCAAAUAAUUCUGGUAUUUUUUUGUUGGUUUAAAAAACAGGAUUGGUGGAUACGAUAAUUUUCCAUUAUUGCAAAAAAUUGUCUCUAUUUGAAAUAAAUAAUUUCUCAAAAACCUCUGCAAUCAUAGAAAAAAUUUUUUUUACCUAAAACAGCGAAAGAUUUUACUAGAUUAGCUAAACAUUUAACUGAAACAAGUAAAACUUUUGAUACUAUAUAUAGUGAAAUGUUUCACUGUUCCAGGUAAAUUUUAUAUAUUUCAUUUGGAAAAUAAUAUUUGUUUUGAAAAAAUUGUUUCUGUUAAUAUGUAUUUUAAUAUAUGACGCGCUCUGAAGAAAGGGACCAUAGAAAUUUUUAUUGAAUAUUUUGAAUGUAAUGUAGAGUUAAAUAUAUCAAUAAUUUUUGGUUGAUAUAUUUUCACUUCAAAAUUUUAUAACCUUAUUAUUUUUUGCUUCUAAGUUCCCUUUAUUCAGGGCGCAUCACAUUAUAAUUUAUGUAUACAUUAAUUCUAUAUUUAUAAUUUAUUUAUAGCAUGAUUUCAUUUUAAUAAUCAAUUUUUUUUAAUAUUUUAAGAAGAAAAUGCGAAACCAAUCCUAGUAUUUCAAAAAAAAAGUUCACAAACUAAAAAUUCACAUAUAGCCACCAUUACUUGUUCAUUAAUAUUAAUUGAAGAUUCCUGAAUGUUUUGCUCAAAGUAAAAUAUGAUAUAUUUUUAGUUAAUGGGUCCUUCUUUUUGAAAAUUAUUUCAUAAUUCUUAUUAAUUUUGAUUUUUUUUCAAGCUGUCUUAUUAAAAACAAUUUUUAAGACAUUUUUUAAACAGGUUUAAAAAAAAAAAAA